ACGUAUCAGUUUCGUUUUCCUUUCUGCUAAAUGAAAAGCUUUGAUUUCACAGGAUGUGGGUAUUGUUUCUGAGUGUUAUUAUCUCAAUACUGUUGCCUUCCUUCUCUGCCAUUGACUGUAAAAUGAGCGCUUCUGUCACAACAGAUAUGGAAGUGAAGCUGAAAGCACUUGAGUGUCACUUUACAUGGGGAAUAGAAAAGGAUGACAUCAAGGACCGGGACAGCCUCCCUGAAAAACUUCUGGAUCGCAUCAUGAAGUUCAGCACUCUGAACCAUGCCAUAUAUUUCAACUUACUAGCCUUUCUGAGCCACCUGGAGGAAAACAAUGUUAGUGCUCUUGAGUAUCUCCACAAGGCUGAGAGUGCAUUGAAGAAUAGACAGGAUGAUACAGAGUUACUGGUAACCUAUGCUAACUUUGCAUGGGUUCACUAUCACUCAGGGAACAUGAAUGAUGUGGAUGCCUACAUUGGAAAGCUGGAAAACAUCAAUAAGGGUGUUACGACUGCUAUUCAAGGCGGUUUACCUACAAUACAUGGUGAGAAGGCUUGGAGUUUUCUAAGGCUUGGGGGGCUAUUUUAUUUGGGGGCAAAGGAGAGCUUUCAGAAAGCUCUUAAGGGAGAACCAGACAAUGCAUCCUUCAACGUGGGCUAUGCCAUGGUCCUGUACAGGUUGGAGGGAUUAGCCAUGGAUGGAACAGAGAGGUUGGCGCAUACUGAAGGUGCUACUCAGCUAAGGAAAGCCUUGUCCUUAGAGCCCGAUAACACUGAAAUCAUGGUCCUACUAGCUGUGCAGCUUCAAAACCAAAGUCGACAUGAGUCCAUGAAACUCAUCAAAGAGGCCCUCAGACUGUCUCCUGACGUGCCUCACGUCACAUAUUACUUGGCCGAGUAUUGCAGGCAUGCGGACAUCAAUGAGACCCUGGAGGUUUUGGAGGAAGCUGUCGAACUGUCUGUAAACUCCCCCUUCAUGCAUUACCAAAUCGGCCUGUGUCACAAACAGCAGUUCCACCAGAUGUCUGAGCAGAAGAGGGAAGGGAGUUGGAUCAAAGCACGCCAGAUAAAAGAGAAGAGAGAGCUCUGCAUCCAUCACUUCUCCAGAGCUGUGGAACUGAAGCCAUCCAACUUCCAAUUCAGAUUGAACCUGGCUGAGUCUUACGGAGACAACUACCAGCUGGAGGAGGCGAUGAAGAUCUUCACCAACCUGCUGAAAGAUGAGUCCCUUAGUGACUCAGACAAGCAGCAAUGCCACUCCUGUUUCGGACGGUUUCUGUACUACGCUAAGAAAGACGUGUAUGGUGCUGUGACCCAGUUCAAAAAGGGCUACCAGAUUCCGAUUGAGAGUUGGCACAGGAAUAAGGCUAGGAAGAUACUGAUGCAGAUAGCAGAGUGGUGUCAGACUAAAAAGAAGACAGUUGGUGAUGCCUCUGAGAUUUUGGAAUUCCUCGCCACUGAAGACAAAAAAGGCAGGAAUGCUGAAGAGCCAAGGAGAGUCGAGGUGCACUCUUCAGACACAGAUUACCUUACAGAUGCCCUAGGCAAAGGAAUGAAACUGAUAUGAUAUAGGGGAGACCGGUGAUGGUUGUCACAGUGCUAAUUACUCCCAAUUGAAAUGGCGCUGUGUAAUAAUUGGAAGGUUAAAAUGUAUGAAUUUGAAAGAACUCAUCCACCUGGUAAAUUUAUGUCAGCAUGACAAAACAUUGUGGUGAGAUGAAUUUGUGUUUUUCAUAGGUAAAAGUUUUUUUUUUUAAUUAUGACAUUUUCUUUGUAAAUGUUUGAAUUAUCAGAGUAUCCAUGAACAAUGAUGUUUGUUGAAAAAAGGAAAGGGAGAGAUAUUUAAAUUCCUAGGUCAAGCCAUGUGGUAACUGACAUCUUAAUUAGCAUUGGGGGGUGGUGUAGUUGGGGAUGGUUAUCACAUGGAAUACAGGGCUGGUUGUCACUUUCAACAUUGCCAACCCCGGUAUACAAUAAAUUGCAAGCUA